CCCGCCCCCGGCAAAGAUGGCGUGGCGAGCGCUGCGGCGGGUCGGGCCGGUGCUGGCGCCGCGCUGCCCGCGCCUCCCGCUGCCACCGCGGGGGCCCGCGGCCCGCAGGCUGGGCACCAGCUCGCUGCUGCUGUCCGCCCGCAAAUUCACAGACAAGCACGAAUGGAUAUCUGUGGAAAAUGGCAUUGGAACAGUAGGAAUCAGCAAUUUUGCGCAGGAAGCAUUAGGAGACGUUGUUUACUGUAGUCUUCCAGAAGUUGGGACAAAAUUGAGUAAACACGAUGAGUUUGGGGCUUUGGAAAGUGUGAAAGCUGCUAGUGAACUCUACUCCCCUCUCUCAGGAGAAGUGACUGAGAUUAAUGCUGCCCUUGCAGAUAAUCCAGGGCUUGUCAAUAAAUCCUGUUAUCAAGAUGGUUGGCUUAUCAAGAUGACUGUGGCAAACCCUGCUGAACUUGAUGAACUGAUGACUGAAGAUGCCUAUGAGAAAUACAUAAAAUCCAUUGAGGACUGAGCUGGAAUAAUGAAAUAAAUUCAUAUAAAAUAUCUCAGUGUAGUUUGUCAUCAAUUAAGGAAAUACUGAAUAUCCAGUUUUGGCAACUUGAAAAAUACCACUUAAGAUUACAUAUACAAGACUAUAAAUAAUUGCAGUGACAAAUGUGUUUCACAUCUGUGUACCUGUGAGGGUUUUUUAUUCUGUUGUCUGAUUCAUGUAACUGCAGAUGUUAUAUAUAAUAUUUUGAGAAACAAAAUUCACUUGCUAAAAUAUAUAGUUCCAUAUUCAUUUGACAUCAAAUUCAGUAAUAACAUCCUUGAUAUGGCAGUUUUGUUGUAGGCACAUAACUGUUCUCAUAACCUGGACUAGUUUUUCCUGAAAUAUUUUUCUAUUGCUCCCAAAUAAUUGAAAAGCAGUGUCUUCCUAACCUACUCAUGUUUUUCUUUCUUAGGGUUGCAAAGAUGAUACCAAAAAAAGGAGAAGCCAUAUCAACUA